AUCACUCGAAAGCUCUCUCUUCUCUGUAUUUCCCCUUGAUUCUAACUUUCUUGUUCAUCAGCCUUUGAGUUUCGUUCAUGGAUCAGUACCAAAACCACCAACAUUUUCCUGACGAUGAUUCCAUGGAUCCUGACAAGUUCAUCGAGAGCUUCAACCUAGCAUCAUGCGCGGAGGAAAAAAGGCAUGAGUUUGAUCUCCAAUAUUCGGUGUCUUACACACAAAGACUGAUUCAGGAACACCUGGGAAUUUCUGUAGUCCAAGAUUUAGCGUUUUCUUCGUCAGCUGCUUCAUCUUCGUUUCAGAUGCUCCAACAAACCAUCGAUCAGUUGGCUCCUCAUCAUGCUGGUUCUGAGCAGAACAUGCCUCAGUUUUGGAAAGACCUUAUCAAAAUGUCUGAUCCUCAAGUUCGCCAGAAGCCUGCUGCAGAAACAUCACUUGCUAGGAUUCUCUGAAGUAAAUUUGCUUCAAAGUGAUGAGAGAAAAUGAGAGGCAUGCCACAGUUUGGGUUCCUCUCAAUUUUCAUAUCUCUCACUUUUACUUCAAAGGAUCCAGAUAACAUCAGUGCAUAUCAGUACUGCAAAACACACCUAUUCUCAGAUAAAGCAAAGGACUUUGACUAAAAGGCCUGCAAAAGGAGAAGAGUCAAAAGCCUCCAAUGGAGACACAAAUUACUCUCAAGUCUCAUCAGAUCUGAUCCUUUCAGAUAUUUGCUACACCACCUCUCUUCAGUCAGAUACUUCUUCUGAUCUGUACGGAAACUCUGAUCAUGAUCACUCACUCUACCCGAACCAUUUUGAAUUCAUACGCUCUAACCGCUUCAACUGAAUCCAAGGAUCUAAUAAGUUGAAGCAGUUGGAGAUUGUUGGUGUACAAGGAGAGAGAGCUCAAGAUCUUAAUCCUGCCAUAAUCAAUUCCAAUCCUUCCCAUAAUUUAUCCACAACAAGAUCCCUCACAGACAGUUCUGGCAAUGUUAUUGUCACUUCUCCACACCCCUCUGUUGAUAAUUCUACAAGGCCUAAUGUUUCCUCCGUGGAAAGUGAUAGUCACGUCGUUGAUAUGCCCAUAACCCCUUCUCCAUUACCACCACAUGAAGAUAAUAACAGACUAGGCUUCACAGUUUUGAUUGUUGAAUGUGUAGGUGCUCUGACCAAUCUUAAUGUUUCAUCAAAACCAAAAAGUGACCAGGUUCUGGAUUACGUUGUGGUGGCUUGUUUUGCACUUGCCUUCCUUAUUUCUUCAACUGCUCUUCUGUUGCAUAAGAGAAAGCCUGCGAUUGCUGAGUGGAUGCAAAAAGCUGCGUUUGUGAUUGGGACUUUUGGAUUCAUGGGAAUAAUGGGCAUUCUUUUGCCUUCAACAAUCACUUGGUGCUUCACUAUUUUUGCCUUCUUGCUUUGCAUGUUAAUGUUUGCUGUUGCAAAUUGGAUUGAGUGAGUGGAAUCCAGUUGAACUCACACGUGUGACUCUGCAUGCUAUAAGUAACUAUUAUCGUUGCCCGUUUUUCUUGGUUCUUAAGAUGUAAAGUAGUCUCUAUGAUUCUCGAGACGAGUUAUUUUGAAUUUUAUAUGUUGGUUACUACA